GAACCAGGUGUGUUGGAGAAGGGGAACGUCGAAAACAUGCAGGGGGUCCCAAGGAGCAGCAUAAAUCUAGUUUAAUCUCAGGACACUGGAUUCAUAUGUUAGUUUUGUCUUUGUUUUCAUAUCAGACCAUUUAACACAAAAAGUCGUUAUUAUUUAAAAUAAUGCAGUGAGAACCAUGUGUGAGGAGUUCAGGUUUCUGCUACACAGCGCUGACCUGAAAGAGGAAAGUGGAUAGAGGUCUGAGGUGGGCAAGAGUGGCUGGGCAAGAGUGACACCGGGGUCACGGUAACUCUGCCCUGACACGGAGAGGCAGAAAAGAGGUAGACAAGAAUCGUACAGGUGAGAAAGAGAAAGAGAGAGAGAGAGAGAACAGAAGCAAGAGGAAAACACUCGGCAGCUUUACCCCUCCCUUGUCCUCAUUGUCUUUUUCCUGUGUGUGUGAUCGAGUGGAGGGAGGUGCUCAGCUGGGAACGAGGGGAGAGAGAAAACACACACACACACACGACAUGAGAGACACUGGACUGUGAUCAGAGCUGGAAUGGGGUGUUGUGUUCUGUAGGUUGUCCUGCAAACCUGUUUCUGGAGGGAAACUGAGGGGCUGGACACAUACACAGGAAUUCCAGGUCAGGAGGGUUCCUGUGGCACAGCACAGCACAGCAGAGCUGAGCUGGGCUGGGCUGGGCUGGGCUGGUAUUCCAAACUCUGCCUCUAACAGUCAUGAGCGUCACAGGAGUGGAGUAGGACGACAGUGGGAAUAAAACAAUAUUUUCAGGACGAGAACUGCGAGACGUUUUACUUCAGGGGUCAACGUCAGGCCUGACCCACUCAUGAUGGGAUCCUCUGUGGAGUUCGCCUGCUUGCUGCUGAUGCUUUCUACGCUGGGAAAGAACCUCCUGGUGUCCGGCGGUUGUUCGGGCAAAUGCUGUCGGGGCAGAGACUUGAUCUGUUUCACCAAAGACUGGAGGAUGGACCGCGUGUUUGGGACUUGUUACUGCGACGAAAGCUGCGUCAGGACCAAGGACUGCUGCUUUGACUACUUCACAGAGUGUCCAGCUCAGGACUGUGCUGUGAGCGACUGGAGCUUCUGGAGCGGCUGUGCAAAGCAUUGCCAGCCCUCGGUGCGAGUCCGUGUCCGUCAUGUCGAGCAGAGGCCCAGUAACAGUGGAGAGCCAUGUCCCAGCCUGGAGCAACAAGCCGGCUGCAGGGAGUACAGAGAUCACCAGGGUAACCACUGUGGACUCAACUCAGGUCCUGCAUUCAUUGCCAGCAUGGAGUUUGGCAAAGGAAGGCGCAGACAUGACAGCUAUGGAAACCCCCUGGACCCUGGGUUCUGUGUGGAAUUCACACUGAAAUCCAGGACACCCCACUGUACUGUUGAGAACAGGCCCCACACACACUGGAUGCGCUACAUAACCGAGGGCUUUAAAGUGUGUGUGGCGUGUGAACCGCCUGCCAUGAGAAACAAUAGUGGCAACUGCCAAGGAGAUGGUCAGGAAUCAGACAAGUAUGAACUUACGAGGAGCUUUGCUCCACUGGCAGGCGGUGGGGAAUCCUCAGUGUCGUGGGACGUGGAAGAAGAUGCAGACAACCCAGCAGUGCGAUUGUCCACCACAACACAGCUUUGUCUUCAUCUGAUCCAAACAAAGCAGCACAGAAACAGAACAGUGCUCUGGUGUGGAGUUCACACCCAAAUGCCCCUCAGCACGAAAAUAACGUGUUCAGAUCAGAUGCUUGCACGCGGCACGCUUCUCACUGAGAUGCUUAAUGCUUGACGGUGGUGCAAUACGAUUACUGUAAUGUAACUAAAUAAGCUACACAUAAUCACACACACACACACAAUACAAAAAGCAUCUUAAAAUCACCAAUCACUUUUUCCAACACGAGAAGUACCAAUAAGUUGAUUUUGUAUAUAUAUUUUUAUUUGUAACACUGUUUGUAUGCAUUUUUUCUGUCAAGUCUAUUUAACUUCAAAAUUCAAAAUAAAAAAAAAAACUUGA